AUGUUUGACUUGAGCGGUAAAAAUAUUGUUUACGUCGGCGGCUUCAGUGGCAUUGGCUACCAGGUGUGCCAAGUUUUGAUGAAGAUGAAGAUAAAUCACUUGAUUGUGAUGGGUCGGAUGGAGAAUAUGGAGAUGAUGCAGAAGUUACAAGCUGAAAAUAGCUCUGUGAAAACGAUGUUCAUUCAUAUGAAUCUGAUGGACCGCUCCAGUAUGGAACAGGCAGUUAAGCAGAUGAUGGGUGCUAUCAAACAGAUCGAUGUUUUGAUUAAUGGUGCUGGCGUGUUGGCCGACAAGGAUAUGGAAACCACAAUGACUGUGAAUUUGAUGGGAAUGAUGAAUAUGGUUUGGAUGAGCAUGCCUUAUAUGGAUAAAAUGCAAAUGGGCCAAGGUGGUAUUGUGAUGAACAUUGCCUCCGUCUAUGGAUUGGAACCUGCUCCUGCCUUCCCAGUAUAUGCCGCUGCUAAGCAUGGCGUCAUUGGCUUUACACGCUCAAUGGCUGAUCAACAGCAUUAUCAACAUACCGGUGUUGCCUUCAUCACAGUUUGCCCUGGCCUCACUACCAGCGAAAUGAUGAUGAAUUUACGGGAGAAAUCAAUGAUGGGUCAGCAGUCAUAUGUUGGAGAAAUGAUUGAAGCGAUGAAUAAGGCUAAACAACAAUCGCCCCAGGAGUGCGCGAUGAAUAUGGUCAAGGCGAUGGAGAUGAUGAAAAAUGGUGCUGUUUACAUGUGCAACAUGGGGCAACUGAAGGAGGUGAUGCCAACCAACUACUGGCAUAUGUAAAAAAAAAAAUUCUCUUCAACCAAGAAACCCUAAGAAUGACAGUUGAAGAAAAUAAAAAAAUUUAAAUCAGCAAUAUUAAAA